GAUCACCUCUCCUCUUAAGAGGUUAUAAAAGUGAAAUUCUAUCGAAUAGAUCACGGCCAGUUUCGCGACCUGGAGCUGUCUAAAUUUAAUGAUCCCUGGUCGAUAUUAUUUCGAAACAGUUCAUUUAUGAACAAGAAGAAAAUUAUGAAAUUGAAAAAAAAGUAAUCUAAGAAAGAAGAGAAGAUGAAUGGGGAAUACAAGAAAGAAUCGCCUGAAAGGGUUAACAGGCCUACACAACAAUUUAUGAAGUUGUCGUCUUACUUGCUCGCUGUGAGACCGUGGUCUCUUUCAGCUUCUGUGAUGCCAACUCUACUCGGCUGUGCAAUCGCGUAUAAAUUCAUGCCCCAGACGAUAGAGUUUAGUUGGGCGAUUCUAGUGCUGACUUUGCUGACUGUGAUUUCCGUUCAUUGUGCUGGAAAUGUCGUUAACACUUAUUACGAUUAUGUGAAAGGGAUCGACAACAGGAAGAGCGAUGACAGGAUAUUGGUGGAUCACAUUCUCUCCAAGGAUGAGGUCGUUUCGCUAGGUGUCAUGCUGUACACGCUGGGCUGCUUGGGAUUCGUCGUACUGGCGAUGAUGUCCCCUGCGAAGAUGGAGCACCUUGCGCUCGUUUAUUUUGGAGGACUCUCAAGCUCAUUUUUGUACACAGGUGGCAUUGGUUUGAAGUAUAUAGCCUUAGGCGAUGUCCUCAUUUUAAUCAUAUUUGGCCCGAUUUCCGUUCUUUUUGCAUACAUGUCACAGACAGGUGCUUUGCAAUGGUCAACAAUAUUUUUUGCUGUGCCUUUGGCGCUCAACACCGAGGCGAUUCUUCACAGCAAUAAUACGAGGGAUUUGGAGAGCGACAGCAAAGCUGGCAUUGUCACUUUGGCGAUUCUUAUUGGUCAUACGGCCUCACACAUUCUUUAUGCUUUUCUUUUGUUCACUCCUUACAUCAUAUUUGUAGUCUAUUCGAUGCGUUAUUCGCUUUGGUUCCUUCUCCCACUCAUCACACUACCUUCGGCUUUCAGGCUGGAAAAACAGUCAAGGGCGGCAGAAUCUAUCAAGAGAGUACCGAAGCAAACGGCCAAGCUGAAUCUUUAUUUCGGAUUCCUUUAUGUGCUAGCCGUCACUCUUACAGAUGUACACUACCUUCCGUUUAUUCACUAAGUUUUAUAUUUUAUAAAAGUGGUGUUGCAUUAUAAAUUUUGAUAUCAGAAAAAUGGGACUUUUCUUAGAAUUAAUUUAUGUGAUGGUGUGUAUAAUGUGUAAAUAAAUAAUUGAAAAAACAAAACAAAAAACAAGUAAAGUGGUAAACAAUUUCAACGAAUUAUUUAUAAUUUGUACGUUACUUAUAUAUUUAUAUAAGUUGUAAAAUAGAUGGAUAGUUUAAGAUGCUCCAAGUACUUAUAUAUUUAUUUUAUUUUUUAUUAAGAAUAUGCUUUAGAAUAAUGUUCAACAAUUUCCAUAUAAAAGGGAAUGCGUUAUUGUUUUAAAUUACAUGUUGUAUUAGGAAAGGGAAGGCCUGAAGAUCUUCUCAUGCUUAUUCAUAUUCUUCACCAAUUUGUGAUGCGGCCAAGCCUUGUAUUGUAGGCUUUUUUAUGUUGGCCAUAAAGCGUAACUAAAGCGCAGUCUUCCAUUUGUACUACUGUAAAUUUCUAGAAAACUCAAUAAUGCUAAAUCAUUAAUUCAAUGAAAUGGAUUUCAUUUGAUUACUAAAUGAGGUGAUGUGAAUAAUCUGUAUAUAAGAAAAGGUUUUUAAAAAAAAUUUUGUUUCACGUAUUUCAUUCUUUACAAUAUUCAGAUAUUUGUGAUUUUUUCCUUAGGAUUUCAAUAAAAGGGAUACAAUUGCUUUUUGAUUCUAA